AUGGCACAGGUAACGUUUCGAGUUCCGCUUUCUUCGCAGGAACAAGAAGCAUUCAAAAAUGAGUUCAAGAAAUUGGAUCCCGAAGAUCUUGGCAUUGUCACAGGAGAAGCUGUAAAGCCAUUGUUCAGUCAAUCGGGACUCAGUGCUCAAGUUCUAUCACAGAUCUGGGCUCUCUGUGAUAACGGCAACCAAGGAUUUUUGAAUUUUGACCAAUUUAGCGCAGCAUUGCGACUCAUAAGCCAUGUACAAGCAAAUCCGUCUGUAGUGGUGUCUCCAGAGCUGUACCAAACGCCUGCUCCUAAAAUUUCAGCCGUCUCAGCUCCUGCAGUGAACAACCAGUCAAACCUGUCAGCUGCCAGCACUGGCACGCCCAACCUUGGCAGCAACAAUAUUCCUGCGGUAUCUCCGUACGACGUCUCUAAAUUCUCCCAGCUUUUCGAUCGGUCUACUGAUGGGGCACCAAGUUUGCCCGGUGACAAAGCCAGGGAAAUCUUUUUGAAGGCCAAAUUGCCCACUCCCACGCUUGGCGUGAUCUGGAAUUUGUGUGACAGAAACGAUUCCGGAACGCUGGACAAGUCUGAAUUUAUCAUGGCCAUGCAUCUUAUUCAACUCGCAAUGACUAACAAUCCGGCCGUAGCUUCACUUCCUGACGUGCUUCCAAAUCAUUUGUGGGGUUCGAUCAACGUACCCGCGGCGUCAAGACCCGAGGUGAGUGCCAACUCCACUGGAUUUUCGGUAAAUUCGCCAGUUUCGAGGCAACCUUCGCUCAACAGAGUAUCUUCCAGCACAUUCUCAAACGCUGCAUCCGACUGGACCCUUUCUUUUGACAAAAAACAGCAGUUUGAUGUCAUUUUUGACUCAUUGGAUAAAAAUAAAGCUGGCACUUUAGGAUCGCAAGUUUUGGUGCCCUUCUUUUUGUCUUCAAGAUUAAGCCAAGACAUUUUGGCCACAGUUUGGGAUCUCGCUGAUAUUCAUAAUAAUGCCGAAUUUUCCAAAAUGGAGUUUGCAAUUGCAAUGUUUUUGAUACAAAAGAAGAAAAGUGGCAUCAAUCUACCCGAUGUUGUUCCCGAUCAAUUGUUGCAAUCACCCGCUUUGGGACUCUACACUCAACAGCCCAGCCAGCACCAACAACAACAACAAGGUCCCUUGCCAUCUAUCCCAUCCAGGGAUACCAAACCGUCUUUUUCAGAUUCGACCCAGCCUCCUGCAGAAAGAAGUCAAAGUGCUUUAGGGGACUUGCUCACAUUGAAUGAGUCCUUUUCGUCGCCAAGAAAUUUAGGGACACGCGUUGCCUCAGAUGCCACUGUACAAUCUACCACAUCAUCUGUCCAGUCCCCUUCGCGCUCAGAAACAGGACCCGGUACUAGAAGAUUUCAACCUUCUUCAAGUUUUGGUCGGACUAUUAUACAGGAGGAGUCGUCUCCAGCCGCACUUGAUUCACAGUCGGACUCGAAAGGUCACAACUCAUACUUCAAUUCCGCGCCUGUCAGCAAUAUCCAGGGCCAAGCUCCGCAACAGCCAUACGUGCAAUUGCAGCAACAAGGCGCCUAUCAGAACCAGCAAUAUCAGGCCCCUCCUCAAGAGACCCAACUCUCCCAAACGCGUGCGGCUGCAUCUGCUCCAUACUCAGAGAGUACUUCACACACCGUACAAUCCCCCGUCACUCAAGCACCUCCACAACAGACUUCACGGUCAUCUUCAUUACCCAGCGUUCCUAACUUCUCAUCUCCGCCGCUUCAGCAAAGGUCUCAACAAGUGAGCACUGCAGUCGAGCCCGAAACGUCUAUGCAGCUUUCACAGGCUACUACAGAGCUGGCGAAUUUAUCCAAUCAAGUCGGUUCACUAACUAACCAAGCUACGCUGGUUAAUGAAAGAAAAGCAAAGGCCCAACAGGAGUUGAAACGUAUGAACGAUUUGAAAGCUUCGAUUCAAUCAAAGAUGGUAAACCUACGUGCCUCAUACGAUCAGGAAUUGAAAGAGACAGAACAAACAGAGUCCCAGCUUGCCCAAUCACGGUCGGAGGUUGAAGAGUUACAGAGGCAACUUUCGGUCGCAGAAGCAAACCAUCACGCUGUACAAGGCUCUCUUUCCGAACUACAACGCCAACUUCAAGAAUCCCAGCAAAGCAAUGCUCAAUUGAAAGAGAAAAUAGGCAAUUUGAAUUCUCAGGCGUCCUCCCUACAAGUUGACUUGAACGAGAAACAACAGAAGGUUAAACAGGAGAGAUCCAUGGUCGAUGUAAAUAGCAAGCAAUUGGACCUAAGCGAUAUGACCGUUCAAAAUUUGAAGUCAGAGAUUGAAGGACUUGAGCAGCAUAUUUCCGUUUUCCUUCAAAAGCACAAAGAAUUAAACGAUUACAGCUCAACACUAGAAACUCAACACGGCGAGUUGAACUCUCGGCAUCAACAAUUGGAAUCAAGACAUGCGGAUUUAAGUCGGCGGGACAAGGAAUUACAAGAAAGAAACCAAGAAAUUGAAAACCAAGAACAAAUUUAUCACCAAGAAAUUGCCAAACUUCAAAGUAUGUUCCACGAUCUCAACACGCAAAGAGAGUCUUUCGCCAAAGCCGAUGAGGAACUGCAAAACCAGCAAUUACAGUACGCCCAGAAAGUACAGGAGCUUUCCGAAAAACAAAUGAAACUUGCAAUGGGUGAACUGCCCGAGAAUGCCAAGGACAUGUCCACGGGUCAAAGCGGAUUCUCGCGUGAUAAUGAUCACGUUGCAAGAUUCGUCGACGAAAGCGUAACAAACUCCCGGCUAGGAAACCAAGUCGACGAUGAGAAUAAGCAGGAGUCUGAUGUCUUUGACAAGGACGUGCCCACUGUAGGAUCUCAAACGGAAGUUGAUGAAGAAGAUGGAAGAACCAAUGACGAUCUAAGCACUGCUCAGGCUCUUGCGGACAGAUUCGACGGUGAUUUGAAUGAAUAUGGCAUUCCACGGACCGAGUCACUCACUUCCUCUGUUUUAAAUAACCCUCCACAAUCCGUUUGCGAAUAUCCUGAGGCGGACUUGAAUCCUGCCACGACCGGUGCGGCUCCUGACCUUUCCGCCCCCUUGAGAGAUCAGACACUAAAGUCCGAAGAUGCAGAAAAGACGAUGCCAGGCGGCUGGGCUGAUGCUCAAGGUGACGAAAGUUUGGAACACGAAAUUGUGGGAAAACCAGAACAUGUGUCAACCGAUCAACACUCGGAGGUAGAGACCAUAAACAAAACCACCGAUGAUGGUAAUGGAGAUUCUACCAAGACUACCGAAGCAACUAUUGAUGAGGAGUUCCCACCAAUUCAGGAGGUGGACAUUGAGGAAAGUGACAGCUCAGACGAGGAAAGCAACUUCCAGGAUUCGAGGGAAGUGAGCAAGGAAGGGGAAGGUUUGAUAAGAAGUGAAAAAGGCGUAGAGCAAGAUUUGCAUGGCAAAAAAGAAGCGCUUCCUGCUGCUCCUGCGGAUGUUUCGACAGUGCUAGGUGUCCAAAGUAAAGAUGUUGGUUUUGAUGACGAAUUCGAUGGCUUGGAGCAAGCAGCUCCUGAAGAGGACGAAGCUGGCGCUAACGAGUCAAAUGAAAAUGACUUUCAAGAAGAAUUCGAACAGAUAGAGCACAAAGAUCUGGACGAAGAGCUAAACCAGGGAGGAUUUACGGGUGCUCCACUUCAAGAGACUCAAGCUACCAGUACAGACGCAACAGCGGUUGGUGCAGAUGAGUGGGCUGAGAUUUUUGCCGGGUUCGGAAAUGCCAAGCAGAGUCCCGCACCUGCGGCCAGUACUAAAGAGGCCGCUACUAUCCAGCAACCUGUAGCUAAGAAACCCACCACGAGCAGCAACACGCGCGCUCCUAUCAAUCGCGGAAUCGCAACAACUCCAAAGUCCCUGGCUGUAGAGGAACUUGCAAGCAUGGGGUUUUCAACAGAAGAGGCCACCAAGGCCCUCGAACAGAACGAUUGGGAUCUUGGUACAGCUACAAACUAUCUGCUGGACAGCUCUUAG